ACCGAACGUAAACCGAACGUGAACGAAUAUGAUUGCAAUAUUUUUUUUUGCGAUCAACUUGAACCGAACCCGAACGAACACGAACAUGAAAAUAUAAUAUUUCUCGAACAUAAACUGUUCAGUUCGGUUCAGUGGGCACCUCUAUUUGGAAUUUUACCAAAUUGUAAUCACAUUUUCUGUUUGCCAUGCAUUCGAAAAUGGCGUCAAGCAAAGAACUUUGACAGCACUAUCACACGUGCUUGUCCUGAGUGUCGGGUCGAGUCACACUAUGUAUGUCCGAGCAUGUAUUGGGUGGACACAAAAGAUGAAAAGGAUAAACUGUUGAACGAGUACAAAGAAGCGCUUGGAAGAACCGAUUGCAAAUAUUUCAAUCGGGGCGAAGGAACGUGUCCAUUUGGUAACAAAUGUUUUUAUAAACAUGCUCUACAAAACGGUGAAUUAAUUGAUGUUGGUGUACCUCAGCCUCGUCGUCGAUUUGAUCUCCAUGGCGAAAGUAGCAUUGUUGAGCGUGUAAUAUUGUGGAGUUUCCUACAAGCACGCGAUGAUUUCAGCGACAUUGAUGAUAGCAUUUCAUCAUACACCGACUCGGAGAGCGAUACAAGUGAUUAAGAUCGAAUGCCAAAUGGGCAAAAGGAACACAUAUUUAGUGCGUGCCCGCGUUUAUUAGAUGUUUUGUGUGGUACGCCAAUUUUUAUUGAUCAAAUUUAUAUAGUAGUGGUGUUCUUAUUACAAAUUCUUAAAAAAUAGUUUUUUUUUUGUUGUUGAAAAAUGUAAUUCUUAAAAAUACCAAUGGUCAAUCUUGUUCAUCGUUUUAAUCGAUUGGCAAAAUUAUAUAGAUAAAUGUUAUAACCUUGGCUUAAGCUAACUGGUUAAUAUUGUUCGAUUUUGCCACAGUGGCAUAGUUCGCUUUGACAAAACAUAAACUAUUUCUGAUCAUUUAGCUGAUAUCUAUUAUCUGAAAAACUGAAUAAAAAUGGGGACAAACAACAAAUCAUUACCAUAAAAUAAUCAAAAUAAUAAAUAUACCGAAUAUAAACGGAUUCCAUUAA